GUCAGCAGUGUUCUUCAUCCGAACACUAGUAAAACCCCGAAGAAUAAAAUCUCACGUCACUUCCUCUUUUGCGUAAACAUGGAGUCUGGGAACACGGCAGACAACGUGAGGGACGCAAAACCUAUGGAAAAAUCUAGAAACAACAAAAAAACAGUCGAUGAAGCUGAACUUCUGACUGUCCCUGAUGGAUGGAAAGAGCAACCCUUCACCAAAGACGACAAUCCCCGUGGUUUGCUGGAGGAGAGUAGUUUCGCCACACUCUUCCCAAAGUACAGAGAAGCCUACCUGAAAGAUUGCUGGCCGUUGGUGGAGAAGGCUUUAGGAGAGUUGCACAUCAAAGCCUCCUUGGACCUGAUUGAGGGAAGCAUGAGCGUCUGCACCACCAAGAAGACCUUUGACCCUUAUGCCAUCAUUAGAGCAAGGGAUCUCAUUAAGCUCCUUGCCAGGAGUGUGUCCUUUGAGCAGGCAGUGCGGAUAUUAGAGGAUGGCAUAGCGUGUGACAUCAUCAAAAUAGGGACCUUGGUGAGGAACAGGGAAAGAUUUGUGAAGCGAAGACAGCGUCUUAUCGGCCCCAAAGGUUCCACCCUUAAAGCUUUGGAGUUGUUGACCAACUGUUAUGUGAUGGUGCAGGGCAACACAGUGUCGGCAUUGGGGCCCUAUAACGGCCUGAAGGAGGUGCGCAAGGUUGUCAUGGACACAAUGAAGAACAUUCACCCCAUCUAUAAUAUCAAGACACUGAUGAUCAAACGAGAACUGUCCAAAGACAUUGAGCUUCGCACGCAGAACUGGGAGCGCUUCCUGCCCAAGUUCCGCCACAAGAAUCUGACCAAGCGCAAGGAGCCCAAAAAGAAGAGUGUGAAGAAAGAGUACACACCAUUCCCGCCACCACAGCCGGAUAGCAAGGUUGACAAGGAGCUGGCCACGGGAGAGUUCUUCCUGCGGGAAAGUGUGAAAAGGAGGAAGAAAAUGGAAGAAAUAAAGGUCAAGCAGGCCAAGGCGCUGACCAAGAAGCAGGAGGAGCGAAUGAAAGCUUUUAUUCCUCCAAAAGAGAAGCCUUUAUUGAAGAAGGCUGCAAAAGCUCCUCUGGAAAGCAGGCUGGACAUCGCUGCCCUGAAGGACAAAGUGAGAAAAGCCAAAACCAAAAAACUGGGAGCACCACCAGUGAAUCCAGCACCUCCUCCUAGUGUAACCACAGGCAAAAAGAACAAAAAAACAAAAAUCAAAAGCUGAGCACCGCUCGAACUGUAUUGUGAUAUGUGAUAUUUUGUUUGAUGGACUCUGGAAGCACAAAAAGAUAUUCCACAGGUGGAUUGAUUACCAGAAGACCAAUUUCACCCGUGUUUUCUACGGUCGGUAUUUAUAUUUGUAAGCAUAUCGAGGAGGGCAGCUGACUGAAAUUAAAUCAACAUGUCAUGUUUGA